CCGCCUGCGGGGAUGUCCCGCACCGCCGCGGCCUGAAGGCGCCCGCCCGCCGCCGCCGCGAUGCCGGUGAAGAACCGGUACAACCUGGUGGACGAUGGCUGCGACUCGCGCGUCCCGCUGCACAACGAGGAGGCCUUCCAGCACGGCAUCCACUUCCAGGCCAAGUACAUUGGUAGCUUGGACGUACCCAGGCCCAGCAGCCGCGUGGAGAUUGUGGCAGCCAUGAGAAGGAUUCGGUACGAAUUCAAAGCCAAGAACAUUAAGAAGAAGAAGGUGAGCAUCAUUGUGUCUGUGGAUGGCGUGAAGGUGAUCCUGCGCAAGAAGCAGAAGCGAAAGGAGUGGACGUGGGAUGAGAGCAAGAUGGUGGUGAUGCAUGAUCCCGUGUACAGAAUCUUCUAUGUGUCUCACGACUCGCAAGACCUGAAAAUAUUCAGUUACAUCGCAAGGGACGGCGCCAACAACUCCUUCAGGUGCAACGUCUUCAAAUCCAAGAAGAAGAGCCAGGCCAUGCGUGUGGUGCGCACAGUGGGCCAGGCCUUUGAGGUGUGCCACAAGCUGAGCCUGCAGCACGCCCUGCAGAAUGCUGACGGCCAGGCAGAUGGUGCCAGCGACAAGUCGGCGGAGGAGCAGCCCUCUGAAGUGCACCAGAUAAAAGGCUCCAAGAUCACAGAUGUGGACGAGGUUGGCCUUGACUCUGAUGGCAUCUGUGUAUCCGAGAGGGGAGCAGGAGAUCUGCCCGUUGCCAGGGGCGAGCUGAGCACACUGAAACCUGGACAAGGCUCCAAGGACAAGAACUGCCAGGACUCUGAGAGCUGCUCCCUGUACCCGGCCGGCUCACAGCAGAUGCUCAGCCCAGGCAGCCCCUGCUCUUCGGCCUCCAUCACCCCACUGGCCUCCCAGCACUGUCUUCAGCUGCUCCAGCAGCAGCUCCUCCAGCAGCAGCAGCAGACACAGGUGGCGGUGGCUCAGGUGCAGCUGCUGAAGGACCAGCUGGCGGCAGAGACGGCGGCGCGCAUCGAGGCGCAGGCCCGGGUACGGCAGCUGCUGCUGACCAACCGCGACCUGCUGCAGCACGUCUCGCUGCUGGUGCGGCAGCUGAAGGCGCUGGAGAGCCGGGCGCAGCGGCGGCAGCCGGUUGACCGCUCGCUGCAGAACCUGUCCCUGGCGCAGUCGCUGUCGCUCAACCUCAAGAACCACUACAGCCUGGACUUCGCCCUGCCCUCCACCUCCACCCCCGCCAGCGUCCUGGGCAGUCCGGUGGCUCCCCGCUCGCCGUCGGCGCUGGGCGCCGGGGAUUCCUACCUCAACCUGGUCGGCCUGGAGGGGGCCGGGCCCUGCUUCGGCAGCAAGGACGGGGCCGAGGGCCCGGCGGGGCACGAGGGGCUCAGCCGGCGCGUGGAGGGCUCCGAGGUCAGCGACUUCGCGCUGCUCAGCGGGAGCGGCCGGCAGAAGGCGGAGGACGCAGACAGAGGGGACGAGGACAGGCGGCAGCAGCCCAUUCCCAAGCUCAACCCGCCACCACCCAUCCUACGCAAGAGGUCAAGCAAGACCUCCCCGAGCUUAGAAGUGGACAUUAAGCCUGAGAGUACAGCCCAUGUGAGCCUCCCCAGCCCCAGUGUGUCCGGCCUCACCAGCAUCACUGCCACCUCUCUCACCCUCCUGGACCCUGAGGCAAGGACUCCUGCACGGAGCGCUGCUGCCAACGCAGAGCCCCUCUCUGUUGGGACCUUCCAACGUGUCCUGAGCAAGGACAGGUCUGGAGAGAACGGGCACACGUCCCCUCCAUCCAGCAUCUAUGAUCCCACAGCCAGUGAUGCCCUGAGCAAGGACUUGGCCUCACUGCUGAGCCCCACGGACAGCACGCUGCCAUUCUCCCCUGCAGAUGACACCUGUUUGCACAUCAGCUUCUCAGAAGAUGAGCUGCUGGAGCCAGAGCUGGACACUGCUGUGGGGCCAAGCAGGGUCCCUUCUUAGUUGGACACAGCACUGGCAGCUGGCUGACAGGCAGUCCCAGUGGCUCUUUCCACAUCGCUCCCCCUGCACACUGGGGUUACAGGGUCCCUGUACCCUGCCUGGGUCAGGUCCCUUCGCUGUCCCUGCUCCAUGCAUCAGCUCUUCCUGCCACAUGUGGGCUGCAGCACAGAAUGCAACCUGGUCAGCUCCUGUCCCAGUCUGCACCAGUUCACGCUGUCUUCCUGCUUUCCCCAGCCCUUUUAUGUUCUGCCCUUCCCUUGGUCAGUUGUGCCAUGUGGGUCUUUGUCCCAGGGAGCUCUCACUUCUGCUGCUGGGCAGAAGCAUAGAUCCCACUCAUUACCACAUCCCUGGCUGCUGCAGACAGCCCCAGGGCCACCAUGUCCUUCCCACUGCAUCCCCCAGCCCCAGUGUGGUGGGGUGGCCUCAGGAGGAAGAGAUGCAGACACCUCACUGCCUUGAGACCGGUCCUGUUUUGGAGACAGCAGCUUCACUGCCCCACUGCUGUGUCCCUGUGCAGCAAUGCCACCACUGCCUCUAUCCAAAGGUGCCUUUUCCUAUGCUGGGGCACCUACUGUCCAUGCAGGCUGGGGCUGCCCUGCAAGAGGCUGAUAUGGAGUGACUGCCUACAGGGGAGAGUCAGGAGCCCUGUGCCACAGCAAGUGCUCCACAUGUCUUGGGGUGGCAGAGGCAGCUGCUCCAUGCACACAUCUCUGAGCACUUUGGGGCUGCUCUGUCAUGUUGGGGUGUUAUGAAAUGGUUCAGUGUGAAGUUGGAAGCAUGAAUGUCUGGGGUUGAGUUUGCAGAUGGAAGGUUUAGGGAAGAAACCCAGCCGUGUGGGGAGAGCCAAGGCAAUGCUUGGUGCUGCCACGCAUCCCUCAUCAGCAGAGGCUGGAGUAGGUUCUGGGGAGGGACCCUGGGAGGUGAUCCUCCACUCGUUGUUUGCAAGAGGAGGUUUGGGAACGUACUGGAGGCUGGAGUUGGGGAAGUGUCAGGAGAUGGAGGCUCAGAGCAGCCAUUCUGUCCCAGUACAGAGAGUGACAGGACCUCAACAGCACAGCACUGUGGGGCCCAGGGCUGACCAGGAGCCAAUGGGAGCUGAUGGCAACCACCAGCACUGCUGAGGAUACAUAAUGCGAGCUGUGGAUUUGUAAAGCUGUGGUUGGGCUGUGUUAGUGUGGUAGAGACAGAUCGACCGCUCCUUAGGAAAUAAAGUACACUGCAGUUUGGUAACUGACUUUUAAAGAAAAUAAAUGCCUCAAAUUUGCAGAGCUGGUGCCAUGUUCUCUGCCCCACUCACCGGGAGCAUCUCAUCCCCUAGCCCCAGUGCUCCUAGGCACAGUUUGGUGCUGCAGUUUUCCUAGUUAAGGAACAUCCCACCCAGGAGUCAAGGCAGCUGCAGCCCCAUCCCUGGCCCACUCCUCUCAGGGAGGGUCCCUGCAUCCCCCUACUGUCACAGCCACAGUGCAAUUGUGAGUCCCAGCUGCUCCCCCUCACAGUGACAAGAGGUCUCGUGUCACCACACACUGCCACGUGGGUGCCAGGUUCCUCACCAGUGACAGGGACCAUUUCCAAAGCAUCUCCUGUCAGCACACAGCACCAACACUGUCCCACAGCCCCCAACUGCAGCCCACCCUAAGACGUCUGGCUCUGGGAUGGGAUGGGGCAGCCCCCAGUGCACAUAUUGCCAUUUUUCAUUCCCUGGUUUCUGCUCCCAAACCAAACUCUGGCCCACAAACCAAGCUCAACCUGGGCACACAGGGAAGGAGAGGGGGUGGGAUCAAGGUGGGGACAGGAACCUGCAGCACCACAUCCCCAGGCAGCACCCGGUCCUGCAAACCUGAAGGGGCUGCAGCCUCCAGCAGAAGAGGCCAGAGGUGCCCUUCCCAGGGGAUGGAAGCAAGCAGCCAUCUGCCUGGGGGGGCAUGCAGGGAGGGGGCAUGUCCAGCUCCGUGCUUAUUGUGCUUCCUGCAUGGGAAGAAAGUUUUUCCUCUGCUGUCUGGUAAGCUGCUAGCAAUCAUCAGGCAGGCAGGUGGUAAAGAUUCAUAUCCAUCAAACAAUGCUAUUUAGUUUGUAACCUGUGACUAAAUCUGGUGUUAGCUUUAAUUUCAGAGUCUGCUUUAGGGCUCGCUUGUUAAUCUCUAUGCAAAGCAGAUGAAAUGAAUAUGCAGCAUUUUGGAUGUAAUUGUACGGCUUCAAUUCAGCACUAUAAUUUUCCAAACAGGAUCUUGCAAUCAAGCUUCUAUUCAUUAGUGUAUAAACAAUUUAGUUUCUCAGCUCUCCAGUAUGCCAAUCAUUUCAAUGGAGUGAGCAUCUCUGACAAAAAGAGAAGGAAAGUUUCCUUUGUGUAACAGAGGUAAAAGUUGCUCCAUACUCAGGCAAUUCCUGCCUGGCAGCCCCUGGCCAGUUCUGCGGAGGCAGCCGCAUCCGGGGCCGCUCAGCACUGAACGCUGCCCAUGGGCGGCACCACCACAUUCCAGUGUCAGCACCUCCCCGCCGACGCAGCCCCCAACCAUGGGUGGUUCUACCAGUGGGACCCCAGAGGUGAGCACGGACCCUCAGAACAUGGCCAGGUGGCACCGUGGGCCAUCCCCACUGCUCCAACCAAUGUGUCCGGCACGUGUCCCUCGGAGGUGAGGUGGGACGAGAGCCUCAACAAAGGGAAGCGCCAUCGGCAGAGCCACUCCGCACAGGCUCCGUUUCCAAAUGAAUAUCGACAGCGCUAAUUACAGGCCGCCAUGCAGACAGCUUAUUAGCUUGUCACAAAAAGACGGUAUUGAACUCAAAGCCCGCGGUAUUCACGAAGCGCAGCAAGACGCUCCCCAGACAGCACAGCGAACCAGGCAAGCGAACAACCUCCAGCAAAACUAAUUACUUCCUGAUUGUCUACGGCCACCCACUGGGUAUAAUAGUAUAGACUAAAUUUGGCAUAUACAUAACUAAGCACUCGGCACCAAUUUGGCAUACAAUAAUCAUCCUCUGUGUUGCAUAAUUAAAAUCUGAUCAUUUGGAAUAAUCAUUUCAUAUUCCUGAUGCUGGGUGAGGACUGCACGGUGCAGCACAGGAGGCGCAGGAUGGAUCAUUCAGUGCUGCCCAGCCCGUGGGCACCGCAUGGCCUGAGCUGUGAGGCCACCCCCACGCAGAUCCCCCCAGUCCAACCCAGGACCAUCCGUGCCCAUGGCCGGCACACAGCACGCUGGCCUCCCGCAGGCAGGCUGCUGACCCCACGCCUGUCCGGCCCCAUUGUCAUCGCACGUCUGCUAAAGGCGUUUGGAAAGACAGGGGCAAUAAAAAAAUAAAAUAAAACAGAACGUGUGUGUCUAAUCCAUUCACUUCCCCUUGUGGGCUCCCCGGGGAUCCGGCGAGGAGGAGAAAGAAUAUGUGGAUAUUGCACGCGCCCUGGCACUUUGUCCCCGGGCCAACCCUGCUGCUGGCCGCUGCCACAGCUUGCGCUACCCCAGGCUCAUAAAUCAGCACGGGUGACAGCGUUUCACAGCUCGCUUCCCAGCCAGGAUAUUGCCAUUCCUGCUGAUUACACAGCCAGAGCGCGGGGGAAGCUGCAUCUCCCACUUCCAGGAAGGGAGGCUCCGCAAGGAAAAUGCAUUGAUAAAAAGAAGAACGAAAUCAGCUUUGUUCACGUUGCGAAUCUCCCAUUGUUCCUACUGUGACCGUCAGCCAUCGCUGGAGAAAGUAUUUCCUCAGCAAUAAAUCUCCUGGGCUCCUCGGCAGCCCUCGCCUUGGCACCAGACCCUCCUUGUGUUGUUUUGCAAGAAAAAAGCUGCUUCUGACACUACACCAGCUCCACAUGGGAGUCCCAGCCACAGGACUGAUCCUGCGCUGACUUCUCAGCUGGUUUUGGUGACUGCGAGCAGGCGGCUGGAGCAGCACUCUGGGAGGAAUGUGGGGCAUUUCAAGGCCUGAGCUCAGCCCCAAGACUGUGAUUUCAGGAGACAAGUGCUGGGGGGAGUGUUAUCCUGGGGGCCCCUGCCCAUGUCCACAGCCGGCACCACAGCAGGACAUGCCGGUCCCUGGGCCCUCACUUGUCAUUUUCCCUCGCAGCACACCACGGCUGCUGCCACACAUGUGCCCCUGGCCAGCACAUAGCAGCUGGUGCAAGCCAGGGAGUGCACAUCUGACCACGGCCACACUACUCCCAGUGCCGAAACACAGAGCUGGCUCCUGCCAAGAGCCUGAAAUACAGGAGUCAGGCUGACAGUUGUACAAGAAAAAUAGAUCAAGUUUCCAAGAAAAUACAGGCAAGCUGAUCUGAUUUUCAUCAGCAUCUUCAGCUGCCUUUCGGGAAGCCCCAGCCCUCUCCUCAUUCCUGCUCUCCGCUUUACAAACCACUUAAUUCAUUGUUGCUUUGGAAACCCUCACAAAGACCCUCUGCAUCCCCCAAAAUAACGAGCAACAGAUGCUGCUUUGACCUCAGCAACUUCCUGGAAACAUACAUUUGUCAAAAUAAAAAUAAAAAGAUUAAUGUGAGGAAGGCUCUUAAAUUAUAAGAAAAUAGCAGACAUGAGAGCCUGGCUGCGCACGCCUGUCAUUUGUAAUGGCCACGGAGCGCCUGGGCAGGCAGUGGAGCCUGGGGUCCCCACAUCCUUUGGGAUCCCCCCAGCUCAGCUGUCCCCAUGAGCCAGGAGCUUUUGGGUUAAGGUGCUCAAAAGUCUACAGGCUUCACUCUCACCCUCCAGCUGUGACCACCCAGCACACCCCAGGGCUCACAGAGAGCACAAGCAAAUAUCUGUGGGUGGAUGGAAGCCCCUUUGUCUUGGGGCUCACAGCAGCCACAUGAGUAAGCAAUGCAACACAACACAAUAGAACACAACAGGGGCACCCACCAGCACCUGCAGCAGGCAAGGCGGUUCUGCAGGCUCCACACAAGUAGAGCCCCUUUUCGCUCUCAGCUUUAUAGGAUCAGCCAGCAAUGAGCUGUAGGGCUGGGUCACCUGAUUUCUUGGUGCAGCUGUUUGCAGGUUGGCACACAUGGGCUCCCAGCUUUGUGCUGCUGUGUGGCAGCAUGUUGCUUGAGGGUUGUCACCUUCUCAGGGUUCUUUCUGCCCUAAGGACCUAAGAAGUGCUCAAGUCUUAGCAAGGGGCUCUGGCCCCAUGGGAAAAUACUGUGGCGUGGUAGCAGCAGAGCUGAGGCACUCAGCCUGACUGAGCCCCUUGUUGUGACAUCCUGCAGCCCAAACCCACAGCUGCUCUCUGCCCCUUGCACAGCCCUGGGGUGUCAGGGGUGCUGGAGACACGAUGGUGGCACAAGGUGAGAACAGCUCAGCUGCUCUGUGCCAGCCUCACGGGGUGCUGGGUGCUGUUGUGCUGUGAAUGCAAAUCCUGACCUGGGCUGGGCUGGGGGCUCUGCCUUCCCCCACCCCAGUGUAAUGCCUCCAGUAGCUAUGGUAACUGCUAUAUACAUUUACAUAUUCUUCCAGUUAAUCACGGGGACAUCCACAGCAACUGUCUUUGCCAGUGGUUGUUUUCGUUCUUCUGAAUGUAGGCUGGAGCAUUACCCACCUACAGCCUCUUUCCCACAACAGCAAAUCCUCCAUGUUACCCCUUCCCCACAGCCCCCACACGGCUGCGGCCCUCCAGCCCCACACCCCCGAAUCGCUCAGCACUGGCACUGCAGGUCCCACAAUGUUAUCAUUGCAGCCUCUCCCCCAGCCCCAGGGGAGGCACAGGGGCCUGCCCAACUCUCCACCUGUGCCCUCAGCAAUGGACAAUGAGCUGGCAGCCCCCAUAGGCUGCAAACCCCCCACAUCCCCCUUCCCCCCCCAUCUGUUUGCUUACCUGAGACCAGAAGCAGUUACAGAAGCAAGGAGAUGCCGUUACACUGUGUCCUGUAGCCUCCUGCAGCUUUCAGUGCUGUCAUGGUGGGGCCACAUUCUCAGCAGCCCAUUCAGGGGCUUGAGCGACGUGGGCUGGAGCAGGGCCUGCCUCAGAAAAGCCUUCCGAGGCAUUAGGAAGCACCAGGAACUCCCCGGUGAGCCCAUGGGUGCCAGCAGGUGCAUGUGGGCACUGCCAGCCAGCUCCCAGCACUGGUGCCAGAGGCCGCCUGUGCCAAGGGCUGAGGAGCACAGGCCCAGCACGGCGCUCCAGGCUGCGCUCAGGGCUGUGUGUGGAGGGCGCCGCCUCAGCACGGCCGCCAUUUUCUCUCAGCGUUUCUCACCCAGGGUUUGCCACUUUUUCCCUUUACAUGUUACAGCUGGUGGCACCUUGGCCACAGAAUUCAUUUGCUGAGUUAGGAGGAGGAAAGCCACCAGAGCAAACUGCCCUGAUUAAUUUUGGCACUGUAGGGAGCACAGCACAGAGCCGUGUGGGGCCACGAGCAGCAGGGCAGCUCCCACACACGGCUCAGGACAGCACACCCAGCAGCGCACUGCCCCGGGGUGCUGCAGGGCACUGCAGUGCUGUGCAUGCACAGAGCAGCCCUCCCCAGCCCUGCUCCACCACCACUGCAGACCCCCUGGUUUCCUCUGCCCUUUCCACCGAACCAACCCACAGAAAAUUUUAUAAACUUGAGGAAACGCGAGUCAAAGCAGGAGUCCUGUGCUGAGCCAAAGCCUGACCUCAAUAACCUCCCCAUUUCGUCCAGCCUGAGACCUCGUUAUUAUCUGUCAGCAUGUGCUGAGUCUCCUCCUUUGGGACCACACCAGUCCCUUCCGGAGGCCCCCCCCCCAGCCACACUCCUGAGCCCUGCAUUAUCUCUGCUGCUUCCCCUGAUGGGCGAUGCCAGGGCAGGGCGCAGUGCCUGCAGAGGGGACGUGGGGACAGCAGUACCAGCACUGAGGGGCACAGCCGUGCUGGAAGAGGCAGCAAGGCACAGCAGUGCAGGGGCUGGGGCACAAUGGAGCACAAUUUGCUGCCUGAAGUUCUGACCUGUCUGGCCAACAGCAAGGCAGUAACAGGCUGGGAGUGUUUGGUGCAAAGGAAGGAAAUGGAAGAAUUAAAUCCACAGAAUUUCCCUGCUUUUGUUCUCCCUCCCGCCUCCGCUCUCCUCCUUGGCCGCUAGUUCUUUUUGCGUAGGGCUCAGUCCUACCCAAGCGAGCUGGAAACGGGGUCCAUCAGCUGAAAGCAAUUUACUUUGAAAUCCAGGUGCCAGAUUUUCCUUCAUUUGUUUACUUUAAAAUGCUUUUUUAAAAGCCAAAGUACACAAGGCAGGCAAAUUGCUGACAUGUGUGCCGGGCCGGUACCCCGCAAACGCUGCAUUCUUUCAUGUCCUCCUGGGCUCAAAUCCACUCAUGUUUAUUUAAAAUACGUAGAACACUUCAGCACUAUUAAGGACCACGUUCUAUAGUAAAUGGAAAAAGAUUUCCUCACAGGCCAGGAGGAGAGGGAAAGAAUCACUUCAAUUCAGUUUUGUUCUGCAGCACUUUGCCCAGCCACCCACAGCUCAGCCCGGCGCCAGCACCCAGUAGCACUGGGGCCAUGGCAGCCACCAUCCUCCACAGCACCAUGCACUUGGAGUGCCUGGGCUCGAGCCUUGCCCCC